CUCCCAUCAUCUCUGUAUCUCUCCCUCAUCCCACAGUGUAGUAAAGCGGAUAGACACGCUUAACAAACAGCGGCAUCUUUUCACAACAGACACCGACAGAGCUCGGGCUCACCGUUUCCCAGCACGUUCCCUGUGACAAGUGGAUUUCAACCAAAGCUUAAAUACUGCUGCAUCAGGACCGCUUAUAUGUGAAGUGUGCAGCCACAGAUCUGUUUCAGGCAUCACACCUGAUACGCAGCACACACUGCCCUGAGUAAGAGAAGACGAAAACAACACUGCCUGUACCUCCUCCUCAAACUGAAGAUAAACAGUGAGACAUCAAUGGUGUGACAUCAGAUUUGACGGAGAAGCUGUCCUUCAACUCAAGCUCAGUGUCAAAAAUGCAUCACGCAUCAAUGCAGCUAAAUCGGACAUGAAGGGAAUAUGAGGAAAUGAUGAAAAACCAUGACAACCGUACAGUUUUGACCUCCCAGAAACAGAUCCAUUUUUGCAUGCGUGCAAAAUAUUUUCUGCACUUACAUUAACAAACUCCCAGUAGAAUCCAGCCUUGCACACAUACUUCCCUUUGUUCCUUUACCUUCAUUUUUAAACUCAUCUUCCAUCAUGAAGAGCAUGUUGACUGCAUUCCCUCCUCCUUGUACCACUAUCCUCUUUUUUUCCUUUUUUUUGCUAUUACACCAGCCAGCAUUGGUCAGGGGUGACUGCUGGCUCAUCGAGGGGGAUAAGGGUUAUGUGUGGUUGGCCAUCUGCAGCCAGAACCAACCACCAUAUGAGACAAUCCCGCAGCACAUCAACAACACAGUACAUGACUUGCGGCUUAAUGAGAACAAGAUCAAAGCAAUUUUUUUCACCUCCCUUAGUCGCUUUACAAACCUGACUGACCUCAACCUCACAAAGAAUGAAAUCUCCUACAUUGAGGACGGUGCUUUUGCAAGCCAAGCAAAUCUACAGGUGCUGCAACUUGGAUAUAACAAGCUAACCAACCUGACCGAAGGCAUGUUGCGAGGUCUGGGACGUAUGCAGUGUCUUUUCUUGCAGCAUAAUCUCAUAGAGGUCAUUGCCUCUAAUGCAUUUUGGGAAUCUCCCAGUCUCAGCAACCUGGACCUGUCAUCCAACAAGCUAGCCCGCCUGGACCCAACUACUUUCACUGUGCUUGGCAGACUGAUGGGAUGUGAGCUUGCCGGAAACCCCUUCCACUGUGGCUGUGAGCUCUACAGUUUCUUGGCCUGGUUGGAGGCCUUUAAUAAUGUCACACAUACCUACGAUCGACUUCAGUGUGAGACCCCGCGGGAGCUGUUUGGUUAUCCGUUGCUAAAUCCUGUUGGAGGACAUGGACGUAGUGCUCGUUACAUUCUUUCCUCAGUGUGCCGAGAUGGAGUGCUGAUCCCUGGAAUGACUUCACUGCCACCUGAUCUUGAUUCCUCAGGUGUGGGACCCGACAUGUUUGACCAAUUUGGGCCAUACCACCAGCCAACAACUUCUUCCUCCUCUGACAAUGCAUUUAGCCCCAGCAUCAAACUGCAACAUGUUUCUCUUUCCUCUGCAUCUCUUCUUAUUCAGAUUCCAAAGCCAUACAGCAAAAUGUACAUCCUUGUGCAGUACAAUCAGAGCUUUGUGUCAGAUGUGACAAACUUAAAGAAUAAAAAGGAGAUGAUCACCCUUAAUAAACUUAAACCAAACACCAACUACACCUUUUGUGUGGCGUCUAUACGGAAUUCACAACGUUACAACCACACAUGUUUAUACUUUUCUACCCGAGCUCCUAACUCAGAUGAAAUGCCACCGCCCUCCACCACCACUCAUUAUAUCAUGACAAUUGUUGGCUGUCUCUUUGGAAUGCUUAUUGUUCUCGGUUUUGUCUACUACUGCUUGCGAAGACGCCGCAGACAAGAAGAGAAAGAGAAAUCCAUCUGUGUAAAGAAAACCAUUCUGGAAAUGCGUUAUGGACCAGAAGUUGCAGCUGCUGUUGCAAAUGAUCCCACAGCUGUUCAAAAACUCCAUGAACAGAGCCACCAUCAGCAUCACCAUGGCAAACUACCCAUGUCCUCCUCUUCCAGCUCUGCCAUGCUUGGCCAUAGUUCUGCCAACACUAGCUCGUCACGCCUGUCCUCCAUCCCUCAAGUAGAAAAAAUGGCUACUGCCUUCUCUGAGGCCAUGGCCACUAAGGGAAACUACAUGGAUAUUAGGACAUCUGGAGUAGGGGAUGACAGGGGGAGAGAUGGAACUAUGAUGCAUGGUUUGCGGGAGGAAGACCUCAGGGAAGAUGAUGGAAGUGACUUUUGUGAUGAUUCUGAUGAUGAUGGCAGAGGAUCAGCAUCAGAAAUUUCAACAAUUGCCAUGGAAGUUGACAAGGUCAACCAGAUAAUUAACAACUGCAUUGAUGCUCUUAAGCUGGACUGCGUUGUAGCAUCUACCACUUCUGCCACAAGUGGUCCCACUUCUCCUCCACCUACAUCCACCUCAUCCUUGACCAGAGGACUGAUUCCCAUUUCCACUAGUGCCAACGAUACAUGCCAAGUUCUACCUUCCCCCAAAAUCCCCCCUCCACCUCCACUCCCCUUUUCAGCUCCCCUUUCUGAGAGACCUGGGAUUACAGGGGGUGGGUUUGUGUCACCGCCAUAUCGCCCUCCUCCCCCAGCCACUGCAGUAAGACCCAUUCAAAGACAAAUGAGUGCAGAUGCAGCCGUAAUAUCCGCUUCUAAGAGGCACUGCCGCCCAUCUAGUGGGAAGGGAGGUCGUGUUUACAGCCUGGAUGUUCCAGAGCCUCUCAGCCCAGACCCCUGCCAGUAUCAAGACAAGAGCAGCCCUGUGGGGUGUGGCGAGCCCCUGGAAAGGCUCCCUUUAGUAGGCAGUGGUGGUGGCUGUGGCAUUGAUGGUGGCACUGUAGAUGGGAUGGCCCUACAGCAGCACCUGGAGGUGCACCCAGACUACCACUGUGCAGAGCAUCGUCACUCCGUCCCUGCUCUAUACUACGAGGGCACUCAUGACUCCCCCGCCCAAAGGGUGUCAUUCCUGAAGCCAUUGUCACGCACCAAAAGAGACGCUGCCUCUUACUCUCAACUCUCUCCACGACACCACAAUUACUCUGGCUACUCUUCUAGUCCAGAGUACUCAUCUGAGAGCACCUUGCGCAUCUGGGAGCGCUUCCGUCCUCAUAAAAAGGGUCCACGCGAAGAAUCCUGUUAUGUAACGGCUGGAAACGCGUUGCGUAAAAAGGUCCAGUUUGCCAAGGGGGAGGACUUGCAUGAUAUCCUUGACUACUGGAAGGGUGUGUCAGCACAGCAGAAGCUGUAAUCUGUGGAACUGCGUGGAUACACAUCGCAGGUCUCCUUCACUGCCUGAUAAACCGGUAGAGCAACUGCAGUGAGGAUGUUGGGUUAUAGCUGCAGUGCGCAUGAUAGAGUUAUGCUUGUCAGGGUUUAAGGACAAGGUGUUUUAAACUAUUUUUGUACAGCAUGAGCCGUCGUCAAUGAGCCAGAAAGAGAGUAAGAGAGCCUGAUCCACAAAUUCUAAUACACUACAACACAUCAGCUCGCAAUCACAGAGAUGUUGACUGGAUAGGUUAACUAUUGUCAUACUCAGUGAAAGGAUCUGGUGGCCAUAUAAGUUGUCGAUAAUAACAAUUUUAUUUUACUUGGUAUCAUCUGUGUAUUUAUUAUUCAUAGCAAUUUGAUCAAACCUUUGUAACCUGAUUCCUCAUUCAGCCUGAGAAAGAAUCUCUCUGUUAGUACUUCCACUCAAAUCACAGGGCACUACAUUCAUUUGUUCUCAAAUGUGCAAGUGCAUGUGUGUAAUUUUCGAGGGUAAAAUUAUGAUUUUCAACAAACCUGUAAAAAGCAGUCUCCCGCUUCUAUUGCACAGGCUGUGUGCAGGGCAAACAAAUUUACAUUUCAAUAGCAAUCCUCAAGUGUAAAAUAAAAGAGACGGAAGAAAAAGUUAAUAAAAUAAAAUAAAACAGAAGAAACUCCAAGGGGAGCUUUGGAAUAGUCUGAAGCGUUUGGCAGCCACUUGCAGUGCUCUGCAGGAUGACAUAAAUACUGCAUGGGGCGAUAGAGAAAUACUCUUCAUUGAAAAUAUUGUUACUGACCACAGGUUCAGUGAAAAUGCAUACGUCUGUUUUAGAGUUAAAAAGCUUUGUGCAUAUACUCUCUGUUCUUUUCUGAUAGCAUUUCCUUAGCCGAGGUUACCUUAUCAUCUGUAUCAUAGCAUGAGCACAAAGUGGAAGUUGGCAGCAGAGUUUUAUGUAUUCUGUUUAUCUGGCCCAGGGUCAGUUUGUUUACUCCAAACUGUUUUCUUUCGUAAAUGAAGGAAACAGCUGACAGCUGAGACAUCCAACAGGCGUGACACUUUAAAACUGAUAUGAUUCUUGUUUAUUGUUUACUCUUAUUUAUUUUUAUUGGGGAAAUUAUAAUCCAUUAUUCUCACAGUGAGAAAAAUAAGCUGUUCUGAAUUAAUACAUAUUUUGUUUUCUCAGUAGCAUUAAAAGGCCACACAUUUCGAGGUUCAUGUCCUUGAUGUUUUAUUGAAGAUCUUCGCCACAUAACACUUCAAGUCAAAUAUAGAUCUUAGAAGACUUUUAAUUUCACGCGGUUGUAUAAUACAGUAUUAAUGGUGUGAUGCAUUGUAAAGAUGGCAAAUACUAUUCCCUCGAGCACCUCUAUCAGCCAUUAUUUUAUUAAUGUUCAGUUAGAUUAAACUAACUAAUUAGCAGUUAACAAGGCUAUAUCUUUUAGUGAGCAGCGGUAAGCAGCCAAGACCUCCAAUUUGAUUAAAAGAGAUCACUCUCUCAGCAAACACAUCCAACCUACAGUUUCAUGGACCAAUAAACCAAAAAAUUAGAUUAGCGGCACUGUGGGAAAAUAUACAUGCGUUUACAAUGCUCUCUCAUAAGUAUAAAAUGACAGUUGGUGUAUCCAGCAGGCAGAUAAAAUAAAAUUAAUGGUGUUUACUUUAUAAUGAAAUGUAAAUCUAAAAUCCCUCUUCACGUACCUGCCAUAACUUUGACCUUAUUCCUCAAAACAUAAUUACAGCACUGUGUUAUGGGCAUGUAGCUUGGGAAUUAGAGAAAGAUUUUUAGAUAAAACAUACGAUUUGAAAAUCCUUGAGUAAAUGGUUCUUAUAUAUGAGGUGAACAUUAGAGGUUACUAGAAGCCCUCUGUAUUCCACAUCAGGUAUUUUUGUGCCUUCAGUAAAAGGGUCCAUUAGUAAGAAUCAAAUCUUUUUUGUCCUGUUUUUUCUUGCUUCAUUUAUAUUCUGUAUAUCAGACCGUAUCUCUUAUUUAUAAAGGGAUUUUGUUGUAAAUAUGUGUUUAUGUUUCAUCAAUCUUAUCAUAUUUAACGUUUUUAUUGUAAAUGCAUGAUCUACACGAUACCUGCCAACAUCAGACAUCUGCUCAGGCAUUCUAACUCUUUUUUCUCUCUUUCUGGAGUUUCAGUUUUUAUUUUUUAGUCUGGAUGUUACAGGAACCUUGACGGUUCACAUAUGAGGGACCAGUAGCAGCUAUAACACAUUAUAUGCAGUGUGAAUUCAUAGCGCACUGUUAUUAAAGAGGACGUUACAAAGAGAUCAUAUAGAUAGAACAGACUCCAAAUGGACAAACCGUACUGAAAUGGACCCAUAAAGGACUGUUACCGGAGGCUUACUGUGACAAAUUCUUUACUUUGUGAACUUUGAGACCACUCAGAUUGGUCUUAAGGAACUAAACAUGAACUGUCAAUCAAGAAAGAUUUUUGUUUUUAUAACAGUACAAUCUAAUGUCCAGCUGGAUGUUUUUAGAUAUGGUUUUUAUCGUGCCUCCUCUCAUUGACAAAGAGUCAAAUGUAAAAUGAAAAGAAAAGACUUCACAAUCCUGUACAGAUGCUUGUCAGCCAUUUUUGCUAUUAUCUGAAGGUUGUUUAAAAAGAGAGAUUAAUGAUACAAUGGGCAUGACACAUGUUGGGUUUUUUUCUGUUAUAUAUUAAUUGUUUAAGAAAAUGUAUAGUUAAUGUUUUUUUGUAGUUCUUUGCUGGAGGAGUAAGACUGUGACUCUUCUCUGCUCAAGGGCAAAAUUUAUUCAACAUCAAUGUUUUCCCAUUCAUUCAGGCUAAACAAACUAACUUAUUUAUUUCAAGUUAAGGUCUCUCUCCAUCAAGUCACAUCUUUAAUAUCAUCAGACCUUAAUGGCUCCCUGAUAUAUAGUCAUCUGGCUUCAUUUGUUUAUAAUCCAUUCAUUAUUUUAUUUAUUUGGCUUAUAAAUGUUUGCUUAAUCAUUGAUUACUUAGCACAUACAAAUAAUGUUUGUUAAUUGAUUUGUUUACUAAACUAAAAAGUGUCAUUUUUAAAAUUAUUGGUAUCAUUUUCCCAUUCUGAGGACUGUGGAUGGUUGGGGUCAGGGUUUUGUUUCUUACAGUACUUUUAGAAUAUAAUGCAUGUUUGUCUCUGAAGUGUUUCAUGAUUUCCCUGCUCCGUGAUUCACUGUCAACAUGAUUUCAUGUUAUAAAUUCAACAUUUAAUCAUGUGGCACCAACAGCCGCUCUGUGUACUUUCAUGUUGGCUGAGUGUGACGUUGACUAAUGGCAUCAGCUUUGGUUCACAUUUCAACAUAGUGGUCUACCAACACUUUGGUGGCCUGCGUAGAGUCCAUGUUGUAUUCUUUACAUGAGGUAUAAUAUAUGACAGUGUGGUAUGUUAUAAUGAAUCAAAAAACUACAUGCUUUAAUUGCUUAUUUACACAAGCUAAUGCCAUUUAGCACCUGGAAGGCCAUUUCUCUAUACCUUCAGUAGGUUGGGGAGAAAAUAUUUUGACAUUAAUCAUUGUUAGCUUUCAGCUAUAUUACACUGAGCAUAAAUUGGAUUACUCUUCCACAGCAGUUUUUACUCUUUAAGCUCUUUACUGUAGCUUCAUUUUAGUAUUAGGCACUAUAGAAACAGAUUGGCUUAAAGAAAGCAAAACAGAUGUGAUUUAAUGCUUUAAUAAGACGAGAUUUUCGUAUAUUUUAUGGCCUUUUAACAAACGACCCUACUUUUUUCAGGCAAUUAACUGAAAGCGAAACGUGAGGGGUUCCUAUUAUAAAUCCCUCAUUCGUUAUUUCUUCGGAGGUGAAGGUUUUUUUGUGUUCAAAGGUUCACAUAUUUGUAUUGUCAUUCUUGUUUGGUAAUGAGCACAUUUUAAAGCAGUUCCUUUUCUGAGAAUAUAAUCUCUGUAUAAGCUUCAAAUUUACUCAGGACUAAAUGCUCAGGAUGCAAAAGCCGCUAAAUGCCACCUCUGUCAAAAUGAGUUAAUGAUAUUGACCCAAUUCUCUUCGCACAUAUUAUACAUUCAUUAAAUAAUCUCGCUUCAAAUACAGUUAAUCCUGGCCUCAGGCCAUGCAGAAAUACCGGUUUGUUGGCAGAAAAGUCAUCUAAGUGCAUACUUAAUAUAUUAGGAUAUUGACCCAAUUUCUGUUACCGUUUUACCUUUAUUCAAAAAGGACAGUGACUAGAGACAUUAUUUGAAGGAGAAGUUUUGAUGUACUUAGAAGGUUUUACAGUCAAAUUUGUAAAAAAAAAAAAAAACAAUGAAACGACUAAAGUGAGAUUUGUGCCAUUUAAAUGACCUCCCCGUUCUCAUGAGGUGCAUAUAAAUAGCAUGCCAUGUGAAACAUCGUGCAAUAUAAGUACAUAUGACAAACUUGUGCGUAUGUUACGCCAGUUCUUCCCGUUCAGUUAAUGCGAUACGUCUUUUUGUGCCAUUUUAUAUUUUGGUUUCUCAAAUUAGUGUUCUCUAUUGAAACCAUUGUCACUUGGAUUUUGGGUUAGAUUUGGGUUAGGAUGUCAUUUAACAUGUAGGUUUUUCCAUGUUUUUGUCUUUUUUUAAAUCAUGGUCGCUUGGAGUAGGGUUAGAAUUGGUGUUUGGGUGUCAUUUUAUUAGGGCUGUAAUGAUUAAUCGUGCAAAUGCGUGUUUUCUCAAUGAAUGAAUUACGGUGAAAUGCCGCCACAAUAGCCAGAAGGCACUCUUGUGCAGAAACUCCAAUUGUGCCACAGAAGAAGUAGCAUUACAAACGCUAGGGUGGCCAUUCUUGCCAGUUCCACGAACAGGAUUUUGAGUGCCUUCUCCGGAAAUCGCAUUGGUCGACCGCAUACGUCAUCAAGGUUUAAUAUUUCAGGUUCAAUUACAUUUCAAGGUAACAAUGAAACUGCAAUGAUUGUAUGUCUUAUUUAUAUUUAUAAAUAAAUAAAUCUGAAUUUUCUAAUGUAUUUUAACUGAAAUGUGAGAACUUCGAUGACGUAUGCGGUCGUAUCCGUAAUCCUGUUCGGGACGUGUCCAGCGGAACUGGCACAAAUGGCCACCCUAACAAAUGCUAUUCCAGGAUAUGUCUAUAAGAAUAUUUAUAUAGCUGUUCUUCAAAUUGUUUCAGGUAUUUUCACAAUAAUAAAGAAUAUUUUGAAUGAUAUAUAUAAUAAUAUGAAUGAAUAUUUUGUUUAACGAGUGUUGCUUUUUUAAAUGCAUGUUAUAAACGAUUCCGACUCAUAGUGAUUUUAGAUUGAUAAGGACUUCUAACUGACCAAAACGGCAUAGUACACGUACAAGCUGCGCAUGAAACAACAACAAAAAAAAAAAUCGCAGCACUGCAAUUCAGAAUUGAUUUUAGAUAGGUCUUUGUAAAGGGAUUUAUCGUUACAGCCCUACAUUUUAUGUAACAAAAAGUUCUAACCCAAAACCCUAGCGACAAUGGUAAAAAAAUAAAACAUAAAUUGAAUAACCCAUACAUCAAACGACACGUCAUAUUAAAUGAACGGAAAGGACUGGUGUAUCUUAUCAUGUGCACGCAAAAUUGGAGUUAGGCGUAUGUAUUGAACGGCAUUUCACAUGGCAUGCUAUUUAUACACGCAUCAUGAGAAUGGGUUAAAAUUACUGCCUUAUAACUUUUUCAUUGCCAUUCAAAUUAAAUUACUGAAUAUAACCAUAAAAGCCUGAUAUAAAUGCUCAUUUACAAGAAAACAUGUCAGACGCACUUAGAGGGUUUUGCAUCCAAGCUCCUCAAAUAUCGUUUGUUCAUCAAGCUUAUCAUUUUGCCACAAAAUGUAUAAACCACUGGAGCAACCGCAGUACUAUAUAUAUUAUCAACACAUUUAGAUGUUACUUUAAAAAACCUCCUCAUUUGCUGCACCUGUCUUUGUUCAGAGCUCAAACGAAGCCUGGAGUAAAUCACUGGAGGAUUCUGGAGUCGAGAUAAUUCCACUUUUUAGAAAGCUUUUCAGUCAUUAUCUGUUUCUUUGCUCUGAAGAGCCCCACAGUGUCAAGUGGCCAUGUUUUCCCUCUCGUGUUUCUCAGUCCUCAGAAUUUUGUCAAUAUGCUGUUGUGUUAGAAAGUACGACGAGAGUGGAGGAUGGAGGAAUCGUUUAGAACCAGAAAAGACAAUAAAAGGGCACAUCGCUGCUCUUCUUUAACAUUCAGCCCAGGGGCUUUGGUAACCUAAUUAGGGCAGCAAUCUUUACAUUAGACAGAACUUGUGUGGAGAUGAGUGAAGAUGCGCAGUUAACACUGAAUAAGCUGAAAUGCUCAGAGUGAGAAACAUUAAAAGCUUAAGAUCAGAGAGAGAGAGACGGUGCAUCGGGGCUAGAGAUGGUAAAACCAUGUAUGUGGGAGGAUUUUGAGAGAGAAUUGAAUGGAGUAAGCAAGCUGCUUCGUCCUGAUAAUAACUUAAGCCAUGAAUGAAUGAACGACAUAAUGUUUCUGAUAAAAAAAAUUACACAGCACAUACUGUAUCAUCAUUUCUUUAACUUUCAUUUACAGUUCUGCAUCCUGUUUGCCAUCCUAGUUAAAAUUCACUUUAAAUUUGAAAUGUAAAUGAUGGUUUAAUUCUGAAUAGGGCUUAACCGUAUCACACACUCAGAAAUUGUGGGGAAUGCUAAAGAGACGUGAGAAUAAGGAAAUUAAAAGAGCUGGCUAGGAUUUUCAUAGCGAUUUACACUGGGGAGAACACCAGCUAAUCCUGAAUACUUUUCAUCCUCCUCCAUCAUUCAUUUCUCAAUUAACAUUAUCUUGAUCCUCAGUCUUUAUAAAAGCACUUCAGAAACUGUUUCAGCACAAAGAUAAGAACAAAUUUUGUUUUCAGUUGAAACACGUGCAUGUGUUCAUAUGUGCUUUUAUAUAUCAAUUGGUACUGAGGAUUCAGUUCUUCUGUGACUUUGAAGCUCAUUGUAAAGUGGGUAGACAUUACAGUAGGUGUUUGUGAAGGCGGGGAUUUAUUCAUGAUGUUGAAUCUACCCAAUUUCAAUCUAUAGUCAAUUUCAACACUCCUUCAAUGUGCUUUACUUAGCCUGAUGUACAAAAGGUUGUUCGAGUCCCUUACAUGAUGUUGGCAUGCGGCUUUUUGUCUAUGAGCCCUCACCUGUACCAAAAAGGCUCAGGAACUUUUGUGACAAUUUAUAGCUUCUGUCUUCUUUUUAAUGCCCUUGUUUCACAAAUUUGAUUUCGUGGGCGACUGGAAAGGUGAAUAUUAGAAAAAAGUUAUAUUUGUGAAUGACAAAUUUUGUAAAAAGUUCAAAGCUGUUUUUGUCACUGAGCUAAAGUUAUCUUACUAUUUAUUGUUAUUAUGUUUCAAACUUUUUCUGGUGGGGAAAUGCAAUGAUCUGAGUUAUAAAAUGUAGAAAUCUUGAGACUGUGGGAAGUGAAAUUGAACAAAUUGUUAUGUUUGCAUGAUUUCCUGUAUUUUUCAAGAGAAGAAUUAUAUUGUUGUGUAUACUGAGUGGAAACAUACAAAUUAGGCGUUUAAAUAUGUCAAGUAAUUUAUCACAUUUUGAGGGUUUAUGCUACAAGAUGUGUAACGCUAUAAGGUUCUUCCAUCGUCUGUGGUCAAAAUCUAUGCCGGCGUCAAUCAAAAGCUUAUUAUACAGUUUUAAACAAUCUGCCUAAAAAAUGCCUUGGGAAAGCUUUGUAUUCUGCUCUACAGUUGCCAAAAAACAGUUGCUUUGGUCGAUUGUGUUUAGUGCCAAAACAAAUAAUAAUUUUUUUUCUUGUGGGUUUAUACCUCAAAUGUAUCUUGAAAACACAAUGUGAAACUGUAGCAAACUGUGAUUCAGGUCAUCCACUGCAGAACUCAGUGCCACCCAACAGACUCCAGAUCAAUAAAUGAUACAGCACAUCCACCACAUUAACCUUGCAGGUGUCUCGUGGUACCCCUUGCCUCUGAAAACAUCAGAUAAAAACAUUUUCCCUUUCAUGGCUGCUCGGUGAAUCAAUGCUAAAGCAAACAUCGGCAAAGGACAAGUUCAGUAUUUCUAUAGGCUGAUGGGUGGAACACACAUGGUUGUGUAAGGACCAGAUGGUUUGUUUAGAAGAUUGUAAUCUCUAGAGGUUAUGGAAGAUGUCAUUCUCUGACUGGAGAAACGUGGAUUGAUUAUUUAAGGCAGAGAGACUACAAAAAAACCCCACAAAAAUAAUCUCAGAACUCUUGCGAAAGAUUCUGACAUCUCCAGUUUAUGCGUAUAAGUGGGAAAAUUGUGAAAUACUAUAUUUUAACAGUAGACUGUAUGAUUUUGUACCAGAAGACAGAGAAGUGGGAGAAAAAGCUUGAAGAAACAUCUGAUACUUUUCUUAGUCAACAAUGAGAACAAACUUGCAGGUGGGAACCAAAGCUUUUCCAUGGCAGAACAGUUUCUGAAAGAUACAUAGUUUGACAUUGGUAGUUGAAUUGUUUUAAAUGCAAGACUUUAAAAUUAGUUCGAUCAAUUUUCCAGAAACUCUUCAGCAGAUGUACCCUCUGUAAAUCAGCUGUAUAUGUCUUUGCUUCUUUAUUUAAUUUAAGGAUUUCAAUUUCUUUGUAAGAAAAAGCCUUUAUGGUUUACUUGCAUUUAUUUUCCUUAUAAUUUCAUCCUACAUUCACUCCACCACAAAUUCUGUACAAAAGAUCUAUUUCUAUA